AUGCACGGCACAGCCCUUGCUUUGCUGACUGCCCUAAGUGCAUCACUUGUCCUUGCCCAGGGAUACAGUGAAGAGUGUUCUGAUAUCUAUCUCAACGAAAGUUGGCUAGUUGCAACCUGUCCCAAGGAUGACGGCAAUGACAGCAUCACUAGCAGUGUCUAUCUGCCGAACAAGAUUGCCAACAGUAAUGCUGUGCUCGAGUGGGCCAUCGACGGAGCUUACUGGAAUUCCUGCAAGGACUGCUCGCUCACCAACAGCGGAUCAACUUUGCAGUGCUCCUGCAAAGGCUCAGCGUCCCCGUACAGCACCACAACAUUGAAUCUAGGUAAGGCCCUCAGACAGGUGUUAUUUUAUCCCUCUGAUAUCUUUGCAGAGGAACAUAUCGCCAACUACGACGGGCACCUCCUUUCAAACCUCACUGGAGCCAUCACCUCUGUCCCAGCGGAUUCCUCGUAUUCCGUUCCCUCGGACUUUGAGGUGGAGCUUGAGGUGUCAACACAAAACAACUCGUGCGCCAUAUAUGGAGGGACCAUCACGCUGAACCGCCCAACAAGCUGCUUCUAUCUCAACCUCGGGGUAGAUUACUCCUGGGCAUGCGGCAACUCGGUGAACAACCAAGGCUGGGAGAUUAUAGGGUUCUCCGAUGAAGAUUGUACAAGUGACCCGGUUGCGACCUUCACACAGGACAACCAGGGCACUUGCUUGACGUUUUCGACAGGUGUCAAAGGCUUCUCGGUGACUCCCUUGUGGAAUGCGGACUAG